AGUGCAACGUGAGUUGAUAGAGAGGUGUGGGAAAGCGAAAAGAGGGGGAAAGGUCCAAAAGAAAGAUGGAGAAGAAGAGUGAGGAAGUAUCAAAUUGUUCAAGGGUAUGCAGGAGAUGCAAGACCACGUAUAAUCCUGCUUCUAAUUCUUCCACUUCUUGCCGUUUCCACCCUUCCUUCUUUGUAUGUCGCCGUCACGACGACCAAAAAAGGUACUAUGAAUUGGGGCCAAAUGAUCCACCCUAUGCUGCUAAGUUCUAUGAUUGCUGUGGGGCUGAAGACCCUGAGGCAUCUGGCUGCACUACCAAUUUUCAUGUCUCUUAUGAUGAAGAAUGAUGUAAUAACUCUCAUAACCGAUACUAAGCACUGGAAAAUAUGCUACCUUGUUAAUAACAUCUUCACCAUUCUACAUGGUUUACAAAUUCUACAGCUAUACUUUGUUAUGUACACAAUGUUAGUUUGAUGAUCAUGCACCGUUCUACCUGUUUUACAAAUUCAUCAGCUAUACUUUGUUAUGUACAAUGUAAGUUUGAUGAUCAUGUGUUUUUAACUUCUCUGACUACAUUUUGGCUGCA